GGCAGAAGGAGGGCUCAGGGCAGGCUCUGCCGCUCAGGUCACCAUGUACAGCUUCAUGGGUGGUGGCCUCUUCUGUGCCUGGGUGGGGACCAUCCUCCUGGUGGUGGCCACAGCGACAGACCACUGGAUGCAGUACCGGCUGUCGGGGUCCUUCGCCCACCAGGGCCUGUGGCGGUACUGCCUAGGCAGCAAGUGCUACCUGCAGACUGAGAGCAUCGCGUACUGGAAUGCCACCCGGGCCUUCAUGAUCCUGUCUGCCCUAUGCGCCACCUCUGGCAUCAUCAUGGGCAUCCUGGCCUUCGCUCAGCAGCCUGCCUUCAGCCGCCUCUCCCGGCCCUUCUCUGCCGGCAUCAUGUUCUUCACCUCAACUCUUUUUGUCUUGUUGGCCUUGGGCAUUUACACUGGAGUCACCGUCAGCUUCCUAGGCCGCCGCUUCGGGGACUGGCGCUUUUCCUGGUCUUACAUCCUGGGCUGGGUGGCCCUGCUCAUGACCUUCUUUGCAGGAAUUUUCUACAUGUGUGCCUACCGGAUGCAUGAAUGUCGGCGCCUGUCCACUCCUCGCUGACCCCAAAUGUGUCCCCUGGCUUCAUCUGGAAGUUAAAAUGAGGUCACUGAAGAGGAGGGGGAGGGUCUAGAGACCUGAAAUCCUGGUUCCUGGAGGCAUGAGGGGGCUCAGUCCUGGACUCUGGGUGGGGGUGGGGGCUGGCUCCUGUGUCCUAAGUGGGAAGGAGGAAGGAAUGGAACAGGAGGGGGAGUGGAGAAGACCCAAGUCCCCACCUGCCAGGCAGAUUGUUAGAAAAAUGGAAUACCCAUUAGAGCAACUUUUUGGGGGCUAAUAAAACUGAUAUGAAACUA